AUGAAGCGCGUAGCGCAUGGAGCGACCGGGCGAAUGCUGAUGCCAGGACGCACGGCAACUGCCGCUAAGCUGUGCACGCCGCCAGCAUCUUCGUCCAUGUGCCUUGUGGAGAAGCGUCGCUACUCUAUCCAGCCCGAGCGCGUCCCCAAACCGGGGCAGGGCGUUUACACCUGCGGGACGGGACGUAACGCUCAGCUUGGCGUGGGUGAUCUCGAGGACUACCAACUUCCGGUGCCCGUCCAGGAGCUGCCCGUGGGUGCCUCCUACAUCGACGCUGCCGCUGGGUGGACCCAGAACUUCCUCCUCACAACCAGGCACGAGCUGUACUAUUGGGGCUCCUCCGGUGUAUACGCGCUGCUGCCCAUGCGACGAGACAAGCGCAUCUACUACCCCACCUUGUGCGAGCCUGCACAGAGCCUGGGCAUCGUCAAGAUUCGGACAGGCCGGCAGCACGGCAUCGCGCUAAGCAAGAAUGGCGAGGUCUACAUAUGGGGCAACAGCGAAUUCGGCCAGACGGGUCUCGGCAACAAAGAAGCGCAACACCUUCCCAUUCGCAUGGAAUUCUUUCGCGACAAGUCCAUCGUUGACGUAUCCUGCGGGCUGGACCACAGUGCGGCCGUGUCGAAAGAUGGUCGGGUGUGGACCUGGGGCUAUGGAAUCGACGGUCAGCUGGGCCACAACGGCACUGAAGACGAACUCAAGCCCAAGGAGCUUACCGUCAUCCGAGGGGAGGGGAUCUCGCGCGUGACAUGCGGGACGGAUUUUACGGGUCUUCUGAACGAGACCGAGGGCCGCCUGUUCACCUUUGGCAACGGCGAGGCGGGUCAGCUGGGCCACGGAGAACGGGGCCUCUGCCUCGAGCCCUCCGUCGUGCCCUUGGACAACGUCAAGGAGGUCGCCGCCGGCGGUGCGCACAUGCUGGCCCUCACCAAGGACGGGCAGGCGUGGAGCUGGGGUUGGGGUGAGGAUGGUCGGCUGGGUCAUGGCGCAACGGAGGAUUUCUUGAAGCCGGAGCCCAUUCCCACGCUCGGGCCGGCGGUCGGAGUCGUCUCGGUCUCUGCUGGUGGCGGACAUUCGCUUGCGCUCACCGAAUCAGGCCAAGUGUACGGGUGGGGCUUCAACGCCAGCGGCCGACUGGGCCUCGGCAACGAAUCCUCGGUCAUGACGCCCACCCUGAUCAAGGCGCUUGCAGACAAGCGAGUCCUUCGCGCCAUCUGCGGGCUCGACCACUCCCUCUUUAUCACUCAAGCCUGA